ACACCACCCUCGGAUCCCACUGUCGCAGCGACGACAACACCGCCGCCAUGCCUCAGAACGAGUAUAUGGAACGCUUCACCAAGCAGCAUGGUAAGCGGCUUGAUCACGACGAGCGUGUGCGGAAGCGCAACGCCAGAGAAGCCCACCAUGCCUCCGAAAAGGCUCAGAAUCUGCGAGGUCUCCGUGCCAAGCUGUACCAGCAGAAGAGACACAAGGAGAAGAUUCAGAUGAAGAAGGCCAUCAAGCAGCAGGAGGAGAAGAAUGUGAAAUCCGCAGAGCCCGCCGAGAAUGCCAGCAAUCCUGUGCCGAACUACUUGCUUGACCGAUCCAACACCACAAAUGCGAAGGCACUGAGCUCUGCCAUCAAGAACAAGCGAGCUGAGAAGGCCGCCAAAUUCAGUGUGCCUCUUCCCAAAGUUCGUGGUAUUAGCGAGGAGGAGAUGUUCAAAGUGGUCAAGACUGGCAAAAAGACUGCGAAGAAGAGCUGGAAGCGAAUGAUCACGAAGCCCACUUUCGUUGGCCCAGACUUCACACGACGACCUGUGAAGUACGAACGUUUUAUUCGCCCUAUGGGUCUCCGAUACAAGAAGGCGAAUGUAACACAUCCCGAGCUGGGUGUCACUGUGCAGCUGCCCAUUAUUAGCGUCAAGAAGAACCCACAAAAUCCAAUGUACACCCAACUCGGAGUUUUGACCAAGGGAACGAUCAUUGAAGUAAAUGUCAGCGAGCUCGGUCUCGUCACAGCCGGUGGUAAAGUCGUUUGGGGACGAUGGGCUCAGAUCACGAAUAAUUGCGAGAACGACGGCUGUGUGAAUGCGUGA